AUUAAAUAUUUAAACACAUACAUAAAAUAUAAACCUAAUUAAUUUAUAAUUAAACACUAAUCACUAAAUAAAACAAAAAUAGUAACCCAACCGAACACCCUAGCGAAGAACACGAUAAAGCCGAAUGGGCCCUUCUUGUUCCUCGUGCACCUCGUGGCGCGUGCUGCUCAGCUGCAGUGCUGCCUUCUCUUGACUUGCUCCCCCGAUCUCGCUCGCCUUGCUCCCCGUCCCCGAUCCGUCCAUUCAUCUCUCUCAGGCGCACGUGUGUGUCAGCAGCUCCGGCGUCGAUGGAGAACCUGCUGUCCAGCGCGUCCCACGAGACGCUCCCGGACAGCUUCGUCUUCCCGGCGGAGCAGCGCCCGCCGGCGUCGUCCGCCGCCGUCGAGCUCCCCGUCAUCGACCUCUCCGGCCCCCGCGACGAGGUCCGGCGAGCCGUCCUUGAAGCCGGCAAGGAGCUAGGCUUCUUCCAGGUGGUGAACCACGGCGUGCCGGAGCAGGCGGUGCGGGACAUGGAGGCCUGCUGCGAGGAGUUCUUCCGCCUCCCCGCGGAGGACAAGGCGGCCUUCUACUCCGAGGACACGGGCAAGCCCAACCGCCUCUUCACCAGCACCACCUACGGCACCGGCGGCGAGCGGUACUGGCGGGACUGCCUCCGCCUCGCCUGCGCCUUCCCCGUCGCCGCCGACGCCAAGACCAACUGGCCCGACAAGCCCGACGGCCUCAGGGAGGCGACGGAGAGGUUCGUCGCGCCGACGCGGGCGCUGGGCAUGGAGCUGCUGCGGCUGCUGUGCGAGGGCGUGGGCCUCCCCCCGGACUACUUCGAGGGGGACCUCAGCGCCGGCGACGUCGUCGUCAACGUCAACCACUACCCGCCGUGCCCGGACCCGGCGCGCACGCUGGGUUUGCCGCCGCACUGCGACCGUAACCUCAUCACGCUCCUCCUCCAGGGCAGCGUCGCCGGCCUCCAGGUCGCCUACCGCGGCGACUGGAUCCGCGUCCAGCCCCUCCCCGGCGCCUUCGUCGUCAACUUCGGCCACCAGCUCGAGAUCGCGACGAACGGGCUGCUGAAGAGCGUGGAGCACCGCGCGGCGGCCAACGCGGCGGUGGCGCGCACGUCGGUGGCGACGUUCAUCAUGCCCACCGACGACUGCCUCGUCGCCCCCGCCGCGGAGCUCCUCGCCGGCGACCUCGGCGGCGGCGCGCGGUACCGCGCCGUGACGUUCCGGGAGUUCAUGAGGGUGUACAAGACCGUCGGCGCGCGCAGGGAGAGCGUCGAGAAGGCCUUCAAGAUCUGAUUGAUGUCGUCAGCUGUUUGGCAGCUCGUCUGUGACCAGGCCGUGCUCUAUAGCCGCACGCCAGAGAUGAACAAAUUGCUUUGUUUUUUUUUUUUUGAAAUCUACAUCAUCAUAUUGCUUUGUAUUUUUUUUUUUUGAAAUCUACAUCAUCUAUAGCCGCACGCCAGAGAUGAACAAAUAAGGUGGCCGCUCGUUUGAUUUUCGAUGAAAUUUCAAAUUCCACUUC